GCCUCGAAGCAAGGCAGCUACCGCCCCGUUCACAAUUUGUCCCGCUCUGAUAAAACGUUCCUUUUUCUCGCUCCUAUCUCCUGCCUUGCGGAGCUCCGCCCCGGGGGGCCAGAGUCAUCGAUCGAUCUCGACAGGCCGGAAACCCUAGGGUGGGGUGCGGCGAUCCAUGGCGGGUUGCAUCUAUAUUCCGGUGCAGAACUCGGAGGAGGAGGUGAAAGUGCCUCUGGAUUCGCUCCCGCAGGACGCCAACGACAUCCUCGACAUCCUUAAGGCCGAGCAGGCCCCCCUCGACCUCUGGCUAAUCAUCGCGAGAGAAUACUUCAAGCAGAAUAAAGUUGAACAGUUUCGGCAGGUUUUGCAGGAAGGGUCAAGUCCAGAAAUUGAUGAGUACUAUGCUGAUGUCAAGUAUGAACGAAUUGCUAUCCUAAAUGCAUUGGGAGCCUAUUAUACUUAUUUGGGGAAGAUGGAGACGAAUAAAAGUAAAAAGGAUGAGCAUUUUAUUUUAGCAACUCAAUGCUACAAUAGAGCGUCAAGGAUUGAUGUCCAUGAACCAUCUACAUGGAUUGGGAAAGGUCAACUUUGUGUGGCAAAAGGUGAACUACAGAAUGCAGCUAGUGCAUUUCAAAUUGUUUUGGGUGAUGAUCCUAAUAAUGUUCCUGCGCUUCUUGGUCAGGCUUGUGUUGAUUUUAACACUGCAGAGAAUGAAGAACAAUAUAAAAAAGCUAUGGACUUAUAUAAGAGCUCUUUAGAGUUAUACAAGCGAGCAUUGCUAGCAAACCCGAACUGCCCUGCUGCUGUGAGGCUUGGUGUAGGUCUCUGCCGCUACAGACUUGGUCAGUUUGAAAAAGCUCGACAGGCUUUUGAGCGAGUUUUACAGUUAGAUCCAGAAAAUGUCGAGGCUCUAGUGGCUCUUGGAAUCAUGGAUUUGCAAACGAAUGAAGAUCAUGGAGUUCGAGGUGGAAUGGAGGAUAUGCGAAGGGCUUUUGAAAUACACCCCUAUUGUUCAAUGGCAUUGAAUCAUUUAGCAAAUCACUAUUUCUUCACCGGUCAGCAUUUUUUGGUGGAGCAGUUAACUGAGGCUGCUCUCGCUGCGACCAAUCAUGGGUUGAUGAAAUCUCAUUCUUACUAUAACCUGGCAAGAUCAUACCAUAGCAAGGGAGAUUUUGAGAAGGCUGCACGGUAUUAUAUGGCAUCUGUCAAAGAAAUCAAGAAGCCACAAGACUUCAUUUUACCCUACUAUGGACUCGGACAAGUCCAACUGAAGUUAGGGGAUUUCAGAAGUUCUCUUUCAAGCUUUGAAAAGGUCUUGGAGGUUCAGCCUGAAAAUUGUGAAAGUCUAAAGGCUGUUGGACAUAUUUAUGCUCAGCUUGGUCAGCAUGAUAAGGCCAUAGAAACCUUUCGGAAAGCUACACGAAUCGACCCAAAAGAUGCUGAGGCAUUUGUGGAGCUUGGGGAAUUGCAAAUAUCAUCUGAUGCAGGGGCUGCCUUGGAUGCCUUCAAAACUGCUCGCAAUCUUCUCAGUAAAAGAGGUGAAGAAGUACCGAUUCAAUUGCUCAACAAUAUCGGGGUUCUCUACUUUGAAAAGGGAGACUUUCAGUUGGCUGAACAAACUUUUAAGGAGGCAUUGGGUGAAGGCAUCUGGCUUUCAGUUUUGGAUGGGAGAAUAGGCAGUUCCAAGGUUGAUUGUAGUGCCUAUUCUGUGCAGUACAGGGAUUUCAGCUUGUUCCAGCAGCUUGAGGCAGAGGGUACAUCUUUAGAUUUGCCUUGGGAUAACGUCACUACACUAUAUAAUCUGGCCAGAUUACUCGAGCAGUUACAAGAAACCGGAAAAGCAAGCAUUUUGUACCACCUGAUCUUGUUCAAGUAUCCAGACUAUGUUGAUGCUUAUCUGAGGCUUGCUGCCAUGGCCAAAUCGCGGAAUGAUAUUCAAUUAGGCAUCCAAUUGAUUGGCGAUGCUCUCAAAGUGGACGACAAGUACCCCAAUGCUUUGUCUAUGCUUGGUACUCUGGAACUUUUGAAUGAUGACUGGGUUAAAGCUAAAGAUACCUUCCGUGCUGCUAAAGAUGCAACUGAUGGGAAAGAUUCUUAUUCCCUUCUUUCCCUGGCAAAUUGGAACUAUUUUGCAGCUUUACGUUCUGAGAAAAGAGGUCCAAAAUUAGAAGCUACACAUCUCGAGAAGGCGAAGGAACUUUACACCAAAGUUUUGAUGCUGCAUCCUGGAAACUUAUAUGCUGCCAAUGGCGCUGGUAUUGUGUUGGCUGAAAAAGGUCAUUUUGAUGUUGCAAAGGAUAUAUUUACACAGGUGCAAGAAGCAGCAUCUGGAAGUGUCUUUGUUCAGAUGCCAGAUGUCUGGGUAAAUCUGGCACAUGUUUAUUUUGCUCAAGGUCAUUUUGCCUUGGCUGUGAAAAUGUAUCAAAACUGCUUGCGGAAGUUCUACCAUGACACAGAUACACAAAUUCUCCUAUAUUUAGCCCGUACUUAUUAUGAGGCUGAACAAUGGCAAGACUGCAAGAAAACUUUACUAAGAGCCAUCCAUUUGGCACCCUGGAAUUAUACACUUCGGUUUGAUGCAGGAGUUGCAAUGCAAAAAUUUUCAGCAUCAACUCUACAGAAGACAAAAAGGACUGCUGAUGAGGUACGUUCAACAGUCACAGAGUUGAAAAAUGCAGUCCGUGUGUUCAGUCAGUUGUCUGCGGCUUCUAGCUACCACUCGCAUGGGUUCGAUGAGAAGAAAAUAGAGACUCAUGUUGAAUAUUGCAAACAUUUGCUUGAUGCUGCUAAGGUUCAUUGUGAGGCAGCUGAGCGUGAAGAGCAACAGAACCGCCAGAGAUUAGAAGUUGCUCGUCAGGUUUCUUUGGCUGAGGAAGCUCGACGCAAGGCGGAAGAGCAGAGGAAAAUUCAGCUGGAAAGGAGAAAGCAAGAGGAUGAGUUAAAACAACUCAUGCAACAGGAACGGAAUUUUGAGCGUAUAAAGGAGCAAUGGAAGAACUCCAGCAACAUUGCUAGCAAUAAGCGGAAAGAGAGAUCCCAUGGUGAACAAGAUGAAGAGGGUGGACAUGGUGAGAGGAGGAGGAGGAAAGGCACUAAAAGGAGAAAGAAGGAUAAGAAGACCAAGGCACAAUAUGAAGAGGAAGAAGCUGACAUGGACGAUGAGCCUGAAGAAGUGGAUGAAGAUGCAAGCAUGAAUGAUCAUGAAGAUGCAGCAGAAAAGGCGCAGGAUCAUCUUCUUGCUGCUGGUCUUGAAGAUUCUGAUGCUGAAGAUGACAUGGGUGAACCAUCAUCAACAAUAAAUCGCAAGAGACGGGCCUGGUCAGAAUCAGAUGAUGAUGACGUGCCACUAGACAAACUUCCUGAGUCCAGCCCAAGUGGAUAUAAAGAGAAUUCAGCUGAAAGUGAUGAGGAAAUGAGAGGAAACAAGGUGAGACGCAAUGCUGUUGAUGAGGAGGAAGAUGAUGAGUAAGCAUUGGACUGUAAAACUUGUGACAAGAUUGCAAGCACUGAUGGAUAAAAUGUUGCUUUUGAAAUCAAUUUUGUAUAGAGAUUGAAAAAUCUUCGAACUAGGAACAGAUUUUCUGAUAAAUUAUGUAAAAAAGUUGAAUCCCAUCCUAGUUUCUGUUGUGGAUGUUUUAAAACAAGGGGAAAAGCUAUGUACUCCACUAUGGCACCAAGCUACUUACUGGGAUUCCAUCAGUCAGUUUUAGCAUAUUUUCUGUGUUGGCAAUUUUGUGGCUGUAUCUGCACAUUCCAGAAGGCUUUUUUUGGGUUAUAGGUCUGGUAAUUACCGUGCUCACCACAAAAUUUGUUAAGAAAAAGUGAAAGACUCGAGCA